CCGACCUUCAUCUUCAUAUUGCUCCCCUACACCAUGUCUGCCUUUGAAGAGACGUACAAUGGUGUCCCCCUCAGCAAACUGUUCCCAGAGGAGCGACCCGGCUGGAAAGGCUACGUCGAGUGGGAAAAAUAUCCAGAGCGCAAGCGCAUCGCAGCUGAGAUUCUGAAGAGCAAAAAGUUCUCUGGAUUUCCUGAAUUCCAGCUCGAACCGUUACCCAAGACGAACCCAGUCCUGAUCGGACACCGCUGGAAGGAAUACCAUGAGGCCCUCGGCCUUAAGUCAAUUGUCGACUUCAGCUGGGAGACUGUCCAGAAGGAGAAGCACGACAUGCUGCAUCUCCUCGACUUCCCGUAUAACGGCGAGACGAGGCCACAGUACCUACUCGGCGAUGGCAAGAUCACCCAGAAUAAGCAUCACUUUAUUCGAAACCAUGGCGGCGUUCCCGAAAUCGAUGAAGACGCUUUCGAGCUGGAAAUUGGCGGCCUAGUCAAGACUCCGAUUAAGUUGUGCAUGAAGGACCUCAAAGACCCAAAUAAAUUCCCUCAAGCCGAGGUAACCGUGACUAUCCAAUGCAGUGGUACUAGACGUCGCGAACAAAUUGAGGUCUAUCCUGGUGAUGGCGAUGAGUUGAUUAAUGCCCCGUGGGGUGAAGGAGCUAUCGGCACGGCCGUUUAUCGUGGUGUACCUCUGAAAAAGGUAUUGAAGUAUGCCUGUGGCGGCGUCCUUCCUGAGGCCAAGCACCUUGAAUUCAUCGGUGCAGACACGUACUUCAAGAAGGGCGAGGUUUUCAACUACGCCGUUUCCGUGCCUUGGCGCAAGGUUCGAAAUAAUGAAGAAGUGCUUCUCGCCUGGGAGAUGAACGGCGAGCCGCUACCCAAGAUUCAUGGUGGCCCUCUCCGUAUGGUUAUCACUGGCUACAUCGGCGCGCGGAGCUGCAAGUGGGUGUAUCGUAUCAACGCCCUUGAGGAGCCGAGCAUGGGUCCCGUGCAACGCCAGGAGUACUUGUACUAUACCCAGCAGGUUGGAAAGCAGAACGUCAAGAUCAGCAAUGGAUUCUCUAUUCAGGCAAUGCCUGUAUCGAGCGCCAUCAUAUCGCCUAAGGAUGGUAACGUUAUCAUCCACGACGGCAAGAUUGCCCUCAAGGGUUGGGCCUAUAGUGGGAACGGAAGUUGGGUCGAGCGUGUUGAGAUCAGUCCCGACGGUGGCCAUGUCUGGUACGCUGUGCCUCCUGAGAACUUGACGAAGAAGCAUUACCAUGCGUGGCGGCUUUGGGAGAUGGAGGUUCCGGUUGACGCCGAGGGCUGGCUCGAGUUCUGCGUACGCACUUGGGAUUCUUCAAAUAACACCGAGCCUACGUAUGUUCGCUCUGCCUGGAACUGGGAUUUGCAUGUCACUUCCUCCGCGCAUCGCAUCAAGCUCUACAGCGUCAACAGAUCACGGCCCGCCACUGCUGCGCGCCUGAAACAGUUGGAGGAACGUGGCAAGAGCUUCUUCCCCUUAACCGAGCCACUCGAGUUUACUGUAGAGCCCUAUGAGGAGUACGAGGCGGUAUGCAAACUAAACCCGCGCGAACCUGAGGACUAAAUUCUCCCUGUCGGAAGCCACUGCAUUUGCCUGCGAAAGUUGGGCCGAAAACUCGGCGCUGUAUUUGUACGUGGCAAAUGUGAUUGUAUGUCAUGCCACCUUUGCGAAUCUAUAAUCAUAUGACACUACUACCCUUCCAAUACUACUGCAA